UGAGGGGGAGGAGGAGAGGACAGCUCCGCCUUCUUCACCUUGUCACGGGAGAAUUACAGCACGUCAGAUCCUGAAAAAAACAGACCCUAAUCCAUUCCAUUUAACAGUAGCGGCUCGAGUGUGUGCAUAUAUGUUUAUAUUCAUGCGUGAUUGCUACAGCCUACGUGUCUUUGCUUCUAAGGGCAUUUAUGCGUAUUAAUUACCUAUGUGCAACUUUUACACCACGAUCUUCGGGAAUUGCUGCAGGACACGCUGAGCGCGCGCGCUGCCAACUCCCUGAUUUAGCGCUGUUUCACGUGCGUUUGUGAUUCUCAUCAACUCAGGAAUUAUGGGAUGCUGCGGUAGCACACAGAAGAGCCGUGAGUGGAAACCCUUAGAGCAGAGGAAGUGCACAGAUAUCCCAUGGCUGCUCCUGUUCAUCCUCUUCAAUGUCGGCAUGCUCUGCAUCUGUGGCUUUGCCAUUGCGACAGGGGCCGCGUCCAGACUCAUAUCAGGGUACGACAGCUACGGGAACACCUGCGGUCAGAAGAACGCCAAAAUCCCAGGAAUAGAGCUCAGCGGCCGCGACCACACCUCCAGAAAGUAUGUGUUUUUCCUGGACCCCUGUAACAUCGACAUACUGAGAAGAAAGAUUAAAUCUGUGGCUUUGUGCGUCUCGAAGUGUCCAGACACCGAGCUGAAGACUUAUGAGGAUCUCAGAAAUUUCUCUACAGUUUACGGAUCUGAUUUGUGCUCCUACGAUGUACAACCGGACACAUAUUCCUCUCAUGCUAAUAGGUCUACAAAAUGUCCAACACUUCCUAUAUUCUGUCUUGCAUCCUUACCAGUGUUUCACCGCUGUAUACCGGUUGACAUUUCCUGCUACGCCAGAUUUGCUGAGGCCUUCAUCACUUUCGUCAGUGACAACAGUGUGGUGCACAGAGUCAUCGCUGGAGUGAUGACAUCCAAAGAGAUCAUCAUGGGCCUGUGUCUGCUCGCUCUCGUUCUGUCUCUGAUCCUGAUGGUUGUGAUCCGCUACAUCUCCGUGGUUCUGGUCUGGAUUCUCACAGCUGUCGUGGUGGUCGGGUCAAUUGGUGGGACGGGGAUCUUGUGGUGGCUGUAUGUGGAUCACAGUAAAUCUGUGAACGCCAGUCUACCGGCUCUGGAACUGGAGGUGGCCAAAGACAACCAGAAAGCCCUGCUCAUCUACGCCAUCGCUGCCACUAUCUUCACUGUGAUUCUGCUGCUGCUGAUGUUCUUCAUGAGGAAGCGAGUGGCGCUCACCAUCGCUCUGUUUCAUGUGGCCGGUAAAGUGUUCACCCAUCUGCCUCUGCUGGCCCUGCAGCCCUUCUGGACCUUCCUCACGCUCAUGCUCUUCUGGGUUUACUGGAUCAGCGUGCUCCUCUUCCUCGGAUCCGCAGGAAGUCCAGUGCAGAAUAACCAGACGGGUCUGGUGGAGUUUAAAAUGGACGGGCCGCUGCAGUACAUGGUGUGGUACCACGCCGUGGGCCUCAUCUGGAUCAGCGAGUUCAUCCUCGCCUGUCAGCAGAUGACCGUAGCCGGAGCGGUCGUCACUUACUACUUCACCAGAGAUAAGUCUCAGAUGCCCUUCACGCCCAUCGUGUCGUCUGUGCUGCGUCUGAUGCGCUAUCAUCUGGGCACCGUGGUGAAAGGAGCCUUCAUCAUCACUCUAGUGGAGAUUCCCAGACUCAUCCUCACUUACAUCCACAGUCAGCUCAAAGGAAGAGAAAACGCCUGUGCGCGCUGCAUGCUGAAGGCGUGUAUCUGCUGUCUGUGGUGUCUAGAAAAGUGCCUCACUUACCUGAACAUGAAUGCAUAUACAGCAACAGCCAUCAACAGCACCAACUUCUGCACGUCUGCGCGAGACGCUUUCUUCAUCCUCGCGGAAAACGCUCUCCGUGUGGCAGCUAUCAACAGUGUCGGGGACUUUGUGCUGUUUUUAGGAAAGGUGUUGAUCGUGUCGUGUACGGCGUUUGCGGGCAUCCUUUCGCUGAACUAUCAGCGUGAAUACACUGUCUGGGUGCUGCCGCUCAUCAUCGUGUGCGUCUUCUCCUUCCUGGUGGCCCACUGCUUCCUCUCCAUCUUUGAGAUCGUAGUAGACGUUCUCUUCCUCUGCUUCGCCAUCGACACCAAGUACAACGACGGCAGCCCGGGCAGAGAGUACUACAUGGACAAGGCUCUUAUGGAGUUUGUAGAAAACACCAGGAGAGCCACAGAGCGGUACAGCAAAGUAGAAGGAGAGAGUCGGGAAAUGAAAUCCAUGACUGGAGGUACACUGGCUUGAUGAAGACCAGCGCAGUAUUACAUCAACUGACACGCCAAAAAAGUGCUACUGAGAUGCACCAAAGCUUCUCUUCAGGGAAUUCAAUGUGACAGACAUCUGUCAUCAUGACUGCAGGGCAUUUGACAUUAGAAAAGCUCUAGGACAGUGAGCUGUGUAUGCACAAAAAACACAACACAAACUGGAUGUAAAUGUCUGCAUUGCUAAUAGAUCUGCUCCUAAAUUAAAAAAAAAAAAAGCUUAAACUUGCGUGCAAAAAAACCUCAGAGGUUGAAUAUUUGCAAGUAAUUUUAAAAUAAAAAGGUAGGAGCAUAAAUAUAGUUUUUUAUUUGUUUUAUUAGGGUAGUCAAUUUUAUACAGAAGUUAUGGACAAGCAAUAGCUGCCUUAGUAUUUUAGAUAUUUUGGUUAAAAACACACUAUUGUUAUCUCCUGCUUUAGUUAUCUAACUUUAUUUAUUAAAGUGCUUUUGUAUUUUAUCUUAUGUCCUUUGAUUUUGAAAGAUUUUCUUUUGUAACGGAUGUGAAACACACUCCUGUCUGCAGAGACUCAAACUCUCAUUGUUUUUUCUAUGUAAGCAAUAUUAUUGGAUCCCCUCUCCUCGGUUUCAGAUUGGCUGAAUUAUUGCUUGAGUGUGAUUUUUAUUAUUCUAGAGUAGUUCCUGCUUAUAUUUUCUCUGAUGAUUUUGUUUUGUGCAGCAGUAUGUUACAAGCAAA